CGCGAACACGAUUUUCACGAACAUUGAUUGAACGUAAAGACUUCAAACGGUUUGUUGGACCUAGCGGGCCGAAACCCAUCAUAUAUUUACAAUCCAGUUAAGGCCCAUUUAGUGUCCUCCCAAACAUAAACCUUUAUGUUUUGGUGAAAUCGAUUCUCGAGACGUCGAUUCUGACUACCAUCCGUCACUGCCAUGGAAGCUCUUUCGAGUUCGGCUUGGCAAAUUCAGAGAUUCUCAGAGAGCUCCUUGCUCACCCACGCUUCCAAAACCAGCAAUAAGCAUUGUUCUUUCUUGAGGGUCGGUUAUAGUUUACCCGCUACGCCGUCGUUUCGAUGCUUGUCUCGGGUUUCGGCCCUCGCGCAUGAAAUUUCCGAUGAGGACGGCGGCAAAGAGGAUGCUCGGUUGAAUUACGGUAAUGGCAUUCCGGGAUUUUUACCGGAAGAAAGUCUCUUGCUUUCCGAGGGUGAUACGGACCUCAAACAGAGUAGUGAAAUGGAUGCUCAUUUUACUUCCCAUCAAUUUAUGGUCUCAUAUGGAAAUGUAAAUGGGGGUGGAACAAGAGCUGGGCUUUUCAGGACACCCAUAUCUGGCGGAGUGCAGAGUGCAACAUCUGCACACGGCUUACCUAGACCAGCCUUAGCUGUCAGGAAUCUAAUGGAACAGGUUUACCUAAAUUAUAGAUNGAUUCCUGGAUGGAGUGGCUUGUCGAAUGCACGAGUGACAAUCUUUGGCGAUGUAUACCCGCUCCCUGAAGACAAGCAGGAAUGGGCCCAUAAGCAGUACAUAGCAAAACACCAUCAAGGACCUUCUCAGCAGUGGGGAAAUUUCUACUACUUUCGAAUGCAGAACAUAAGUGAUAUAUAUUUCAUUGGAGGCUUUGGGACUGUUGCUUGGGUUGAUCUCAAAGAAUAUGAAACCAUUCAACCCGAUAAGAUUGCCGUUGAUGGAGGUGAACAGAAUUUAAAGGAACUAAAUGCAAUUUUUUCAAAGCCUCUGAAAGAGCUUUUGUCCAAGGAAGCUGAGGUAGAUGAUGCUGCUCUUAUAUCCAUCGACAGUAAAGGAGUUGAUGUUCGGGCCCGCCAAGGCGUCCAGUUUAAUGUUCAGAGGAUUUCAUUUGAAGAAACUCGGGGUGUUGAAACACUAGACGAGGCAAAGAAAGCGCUUUGGAAAAUAAUCGAUAGAGGCCGAAUACCCAGUUUGCAAUAAUGAGAAAAAAAUGCAGUUUGGUUUAAUUGUAGAAUGACUGUGAAAAUGAAAGCUGUGUUUGUAACUUUUAUUAGAUUUGCUAAGAGUUACUGUGCAUGAAAUUGCAUGAGCUACAUAUUAUAUUAAGGGACUUGUUUAUGUUUGAAUAUUUGAUAACCAGAAUUUGACUCCUCGAGAUAUGUCACAGUAGUUUUUUUGUUUGAUGAAUGAUGAGUGGCCUUGUGAUGAUUUCUCGGGGCAUUAUGUAAUAAAUUCUAAUUUCUUGAUACAUGUAUGAGAAUGAUUCUAGGUUUGUAGUUCCCUGGUAAGUUUCUAUAUUG